AUGGCAAAGAGAAUCUCAGCGGUGCAACCGAGUGGUGAAGAAGUUGUUCUUGAAGUCAAGCCAGACACGCGCGUCCAGGAGCUGAAGCAGCAGAUCAAGGAGAGACAGGUUUGGGAUGAACUUACAUGCAAGACUACAGGUGUUGAGAUCGUUGUCGGAGACCACCAAUUCCUCGCCAAUGAUGCAAAGGUCUUGGACGCAGUAAGCCCUGAUACUACUGUGAGUGUUGUUUUUAGAUCAAACGCGGUGCGAUGCUCCAACCAAGAUGCGAUCACCAGUCUGGGUGGUGUCAUAGAUUCGGAGCUGUUGCUUGCAGUCGAAAUCCCAAGCGAUGAAACUAAAAUUUCUGAUAAGGCCUUUGCGGGUUGCGAUACCCUGGCUAGAGUGACCAUCCCGGACUCGGUGACUCAUAUUGGGGAAUUUGCCUUUGCGGAGUGCAGCUCUUUGGAGAACUUGACGAUCCCAGACUCAGUGACCCACAUUGGAGUUUGUGCUUUUGCAGAAUGCAGCUCUUUGGUGAGCUUGACCAUCCCGAACUCAGUGACCCACCUUGGGGAUGGUGCUUUUCAGGAUUGCAGCUCUUUGGUAAACUUGACCAUCCCCAACUCCGUGACCCGCAUUGGGCGUGGUGCCUUUAUGGAUUGCAGCGAUUUGGCGAGCCUGACCAUUCCGGACACCGUGACCCGCAUUGAGAAUCUGGCUUUUCGCGGAUGUUGCUCUUUGAAGAACUUGACCAUCCCCGACUCGGUGACCCACAUUGGGGACUAUGCGUUCAAGGAUUGCUCAUCUUUGGUAAACUUGACCAUUCCGGAUCAUGUGACCCAUGGGAAUUUGGGAUGGCACCUGCAAAGGAGCCACAGCUAA